AUGGAGAAAGUUAGGUUAGCAACUGAUAGUGUUAGCAUUGCUGCUUGUGGUCAUCAUUUCUGUAACACAUGUUGGGUAGCUUACAUUAGCACAUGUAUCAAUGAUGGUCGUGGAUGUUUGAAUUUGAGAUGCCCAAUUCCAUCAUGUGGUGCUGUUGUUGGUGUGGACAUGGUCAAUAUGAAUUGGAUUCUAGCAAAUUCUAAGCCUUGUCCAAAAUGCAAGCGUCCAAUUGAGAAGAAUCAAGGUUGUAUGCACAUGACCAUGCUUGGUGUUCUUGUCAUUUUCUGUAAUGUGAAAGGUUGCUUGGUGAAUGCUCUUUUAUCUUCUUUAGAGAUCGAUAAUCAUGGGGGGUUGGUGAGGGAGCACAUGCCUGGUAGAUAUGCAGAGUUGGAUCAGUAUUGGGGGGAGUCGCAAGUCAUGGGGCCCCAACAACACGGUGGGGACCCGAAUGCUUGGGCUUUAUCCUUUGAACGACAACAUGGUGCUGGGGGUUGGGCUUCUGAACACCAAUCCAAAGUUUCAGGCCCUUCCUCUACCUCUUGGGCAGAUCAGUAUGCACGUGAAGAGGCAAGUAAAAAUUUUCUCCUCUUAAAACUUCUUGCAUCACAUAAACGCAUAACUAUUGUUGGAGAUGAAGACCAGUCAAUCUUCAGUUUCAAUGGUGCUAAUGUAAGCGGAUUCAAGUCAUUUCGCAAAGAUUUUCAACCUCAGAAGGAGGUUAGACUAAAUAAGAAUUACCGUUCUACCCGUUGUAUAGUUGAUGCUGCAUUAUUUCUUAUACAAAAUAAUUCAAAAAGAUGUCGGUUAAAGAAGGGUUUGACUGAUAAAUCUUCUGGUUCUAAGCUUGAGUAUGAUAUUUUGGAAUAUGUUGUGAUCGAGCGGCUUGUACAAGGGGGUCAUGAAAAGCUAAAAGAUGAUGGCCUAAACUUAUCAUACUGGCUUCAGUCUUUGGCAUCAUUUUGGGGUCAUCUUUUCUCCUUUCCACUUCAUCUUGCUGCCUCUUUUUUUAAUCUAUGCUCCUAG